CAAACUGAAAAAAAAAAUAUGGGAUCUUGAAUUUAUGGUAUAAGAAUCAAGAACACCUAAUUUGAUGGCGGCGAUUGGAAAGAGAAAGGAAGAAGAGAAGAAUGCGGAGAAGGAAUGAAAAAAAAAAAAAUCUUGGUGGGCAUGCGUUCUUGUGAUUCCACGUGGCAAAGUGGGACUGGAUGAAUGCUUUUCUUCCGGCUCCCACGACAACACAACUCCUGCUGCCGUGUCAGUGAAAACCCCGUCUUCCUAUGACCCCGGCGAAUCCGUAUAUACUUCUCUCUCUUACUUUCUCUUUCUCUCUCUAUUUAUAUUUCUUUUUCGCGACUCGUAUCGGUCGCCUAAGUUCAUCGAUGCCCUAAUCGGUGCUUUCUACAUCUAUUUCACUUCAACCAUUCAUCUCAAGCUAUCAAAAGUUAUCAAUUGAUUGAUUAUCUCCUUCCAUUCAUCGUCCUAUUUGCGAUUCCUCAUAGAGAUUGGAAAGAUUUGCGGUCAAUUACUGAAGUUGUUAUGGGAUAAAUGAUAAAUGCAUUUUCAACAUGAAGGAGAAUAGUUCCAUAUCUAGCAAAAUUCUUAAUAAGAAUACGGUUUCAAAACAUAAAAGAAGAAAGCUUGCAUCUGGUGAUGCAGAUAUAUUGAAUUCCAAGGAAGAAGCUAAUCCUUCUGUUUCUGCUUCGGAGUCCACCCCAAGUAGCAGUUCAUCUUCCAAGCGCAAGAAGAAGGGGAAUGAUGGGUACUACUUUGAAUGUGUAAUCUGUGAUCUUGGUGGAAAUUUGCUUUGCUGCGAUCGCUGUCCUAGAACAUACCAUAUUCAGUGUCUUAAUCCUCCAUUAAAGCGCAUUCCGAGUGGGAAGUGGAAGUGUCCUACUUGCAGUCAGAAUAGUGAUUCCCAUGAACCCAUGGACCAUCAGGAUAUCAAAUCUAAACCAGCACGGACAAAGGUAACCUCGGGUAAAUCGAAAUCUGCUGCGAAAUCACACAACAAUGGGAAGGAAUCUCAAUUACUUGAGGGUACUAUUCUUGGAAAGAAGAGAUCAUCUAGUAAGAAAAAGCGUUUGCGCACUCACCAAGUCCAGGCUGUUGAAAAGGCAUGCGUGGAUAAUGAUAUUGAGGGUAAGCCUGAAGUUGAGUUAGCAUCUGAGAUGAUGGACUUAAGAUCAGAUCCGGAUCCUAUGCCAGAUUUACCUGAUCGUAAUGGAAUCUCAGAUAUACAACCUGCUAACGAAACUGUCACUGCCAAUGUCAAAGAGAGAAAAAGAAAACGCAAGGUCCAUAUAGGCGAUGGUAAGAAGAAAUGUAGAAGUGAUGAAGGUAAUGGAAAAAGUGGUUCCCAAAGACAUGGAAAGAAAGACAAUAAAAAAUGUCCAAAACGUAAAAGUAUUCAUCAUAGGCCUUCUGCAUCUAGCUUAAAGGAUGACAAUGUGAAAAAGAAAUCGAAUAAACACCUAAAAGAUGAGGCUGGUAAGGUAGAUGUAGCCAUAGAGAAUGAGUUGCAUGAAGCGGACAAAAUUGGUAAUGGAACACUUACUGAAACAUUAAUUCCUGGUGAAAUUCAGCAGGUUGAUCGUAUAUUGGGAUGUCGACUGGCGAAUAAUAAUAAGAUCUCCACGCUGAAUGCAACCGAUCUGGCCUUUGAGGACGUUCCUCUUUUGCAUAACCAGGAUAUGUCAGCAAAUGUCAAUCCCGUCUCUGAUACUACCCUGGAUGAGGAAAUCACUGCUCAGAGUGGACAGAUAGUCAUCAAUAACUCUGUGGUUGAAAAAAGCACAAAAGAUUCUGGGGUGGAUAAGAUUCUUGUAUACACACGAUCUGUGGCUAAAGAAAAUAGUUUCCCAGAUUCGAUGAAAGGGUGCACUAGUAUCUCUAGUUCUAUAGCUAUAAAUGGAAAGGAUCAAGAUGGCCCCGUAGAAAAUGGAGAGUUCUUGAAGAACUCGUUGGAGGUUACUUCCACGGGCAACGAAAAUGAUUCAUGUUCAAUGAGACUUGAGAUAACUGAGGAUUCAAAAGAUAGUCAGCACAUAGUUCCUCAAUCAAUUGCUGAAGUGAAGGAGGCAGCUGUUGAAAUGGGAAAGGAUAAAGGUACUAGUUAUAAAACUGAUAAAAUUGUCCAGGCUGAAUCAGGAUCUUCUGGCUUUGAUGCUGUAAACCCCUCGUAUGAAUUUUUAGUCAAGUGGGUUGGGAAGUCCAACAUUCACAACAGUUGGGUUUCUGAGUCUCAGUUGAAAGCUCUUGCAAAGAGGAAACUAGAAAAUUACAAGGCCAAGUAUGGGACAGCACUAUUAAUCAUUUGUGAAGAACAAUGGAAGCUCCCCCAGAAAGUGAUUGCCAUGCGUUCCUCUGAAGCUUUGGUGAAAUGGACUGGUCUACCUUAUGAUGAAUGCACUUGGGAAAAUCUAGAUGAGCCUGUUAUAGCCAAUGCCUCUCAUCUGAUUGAUUUAUAUAAAAGUUUUGAGCUAAGAGUUUCAGAGAAAAAUGAUUCAAAGGAAUGUGCACCAAAGGUUAAGUCUGAUGAUCAGCAAAAAGAGAUUGUUAUGCUCACUGAACAACCAAAAGAGCUUGAAGGAGGCACAUUGUUUCCUCACCAACUUGAAGCAUUGAAUUGGUUACGUAAAUGUUGGUACAGAUCCAAAAAUGUGAUACUUGCCGAUGAAAUGGGGCUAGGGAAGACAGUUUCGGCUGGUGCUUUCAUGUCAUCGCUAUACUUUGAGUUUAAGGUCAAGCUGCCUUGCUUAGUUUUGGUUCCUCUUUCCACUAUGCCUAAUUGGAUGGCUGAAUUUGCAUUAUGGGCACCUCAUCUAAAUGUAGUUGAGUAUCAUGGAUGUGCAAAAGCAAGAGCUAUGAUCCGGCAGUAUGAGUGGCACAGUAAUGAUCCGACAUACAAAAGCAAAAAAUCUUUCAAGUUCAAUGUUCUUUUAACUACAUAUGAGAUGAUUCUUGCCGAUUCUUCUCAUCUACGUACAGUUCCAUGGGAAGUUCUUGUUGUCGAUGAGGGUCACCGUUUGAAAAAUUCAAGCAGUAAGCUCUUCAAUCUGCUUAACACGUUUUCUUUUCAGCAUCGUGUGUUGCUAACUGGCACUCCUCUUCAGAACAAUAUUGGUGAAAUGUUCAACCUGCUAAAUUUCUUGCAACCUUCUUCAUUUCCUUCACUUUCGUCAUUUGAAGAGAGGUUUAGUGCCCUAACAACUGCUGAAAAAGUAGAGGAGCUGAAAAAUUUGGUUGCUCCACAUAUGCUCAGGAGGCUUAAAAAGGAUGCCAUGCAGAAUAUCCCACCCAAAACUGAGAGAAUGGUUCCUGUGGAUCUAACAUCCAUCCAAGCAGAAUAUUACCGUGCAAUGUUAACAAAAAACUAUCAGAUUCUACGUAAUGUAGGAAAAGGUGUUCCUCAGCAGUCAAUGCUCAACAUUGUGAUGCAGUUGAGAAAGGUUUGCAACCAUCCGUAUCUCAUACCAGGUACUGAACCUGAUUUGGGGUCUGCAGAUUUCCUUCAUGAGAUGCGUAUAAAAGCUUCUGCGAAGCUGACCCUGCUGCAUUCAAUGCUUAAGCUAUUACUCAAGGAUGGUCAUAGAGUCCUUAUAUUUUCCCAGAUGACAAAACUUCUUGAUAUCCUCGAGGACUAUUUAACAUUUGAAUUUGGGCCCAAAACAUUUGAAAGAGUAGAUGGCUCUGUUUCUGUUGCUGAUCGUCAAACUGCAAUUGCACGAUUCAACCGAGACAAGAGUAAAUUUGUUUUCCUGUUGUCAACACGCUCAUGUGGCCUAGGAAUCAAUUUGGCAACAGCUGACACUGUCAUUAUUUAUGAUUCAGACUUCAAUCCUCAUGCAGAUAUUCAAGCAAUGAAUCGGGCACACCGUAUUGGUCAAUCAAAUAGACUCUUGGUUUACAGGCUAGUUGUUCGGGCUAGUGUUGAGGAGCGAAUAUUGCAACUUGCAAAGAAAAAAUUAAUGCUUGACCAGCUUUUUGUGAACAAGUCAGGAUCACAAAAGGAGGUGGAGGAUAUCAUACGAUGGGGAACUGAAGAACUCUUUAACAAUUCGCCUGCCACUGAUGGGAAAGAUAUUGGUGAGAAUAAUGGCAUUAAGUGUGAAGUGGUCGCAGAUGUGGAACACAAGAAGCGGAGGACUGGUGGCUUGGGGGAUGUCUAUGAAGAUAAGUGUACUGAUGGUAGUGGCAAAAUAUUAUGGGAUGAAACUGCAAUCCUUAAAUUGCUCGACCGUUCAAGCAUGAAGUGGAAUUCAGCCGAAAAUGGUGAAGAGGACCUGGAUAAUGAUAUGCUUGGCUCUGUAAAACCUCUGGAAUGGAACGGUGAACCAACAGAAGAGCAACGUGAAGCGGAAUCACCUUGCAUUCUGGCUGAAGAGCUUGCCGCUCAAGGUUCAGAGAAGAAAGAGGACAUUUCUGUUGCUUCUACUGAAGAAAAUGAAUGGGAUAGGCUUCUGCAAGUGAGAUGGAAAAAAUAUCAAAAUGAGGAGGAAGCUACACUUGGGAGAGGGAAGCGACAAAGAAAAGCAGUUUCAUACAGGGAGGCUUAUGCUCCACAAUCUGGUGAAGCAUUAAGUGAGAAUGGUCUUGAUGAAGCGCCAGAGCCAGAGGCCGAGCAAGAGCCAGAACGAGAAUACUCAACAGCUGGAAGAGCACUAAAAGCUAAAUUUACCAAGCUACGAGCUCGGCAAAAGGAACGCAUUGCUCGGAGAAAUGAAAAUCACGCCGCUAACCAGCAUGCUCAGAUAGUCUCAGAUUCCAAGUCGUCUCAAGUCCCUCCAUCUAACCAUAAAAAUGAAGAUAAAGUGCUUCAGCCUGCUGAAGAGAAGAACAACUUGAGAGAAGUUCAUCAACCUCUCCCAGACGUCUCACUUCCAAAUGAUAACCAGAUGGGCAACAUCAACAAUUUAUCGCCUGUCCUGGGUUUAUUCGCUCCCAAUGCUAAUCAAUAUAAUUCGUCACAUCGCAAUUAUUCAAGAUCGUAUAAGAGACAAGGAAAGAAAAUAUCCUUGCCAACAGAGUUUCCUUUUAAGGCAACUCCUGCUGCUGGUGCUGCUAUUUUAAACGAUGUCAAUCUUAAAAGUCAUGAUUUGGCCUCGGAGAGAAUUGCGCUCCCACACCCGGAGACAUUAUUACAUUUGUUUCAACAGCAACAAAUGCAGGCUAGUCUCCGCCCACCUAAUAAUCAGCAUUCUUCCAUUUCACGAGGGAAAGGUCCUGAGCAUUUCGACAAUCUGGGUUCUUCUUCUUCUUACUCUCAAGGAAAGAUGUUUCUUCCAAGAUUACCAGCAUUUGAUGAAAAGUUUUUUCCAAGAUUUCCUUUCCCUACCUCAAGUGUGCCGCCUCAUUCAGCUCCAGAUAUGGCAGCACCAAACUUGUCACUGGGGACUAGAACCGUCGAUGCAACAAGCGAUCAGCAAGACUUUCCAACAAUGCCUUUGUUUCCUAAUUUGAAAUUUCCAACAGACAGGAAUCUGGCUCAGAAGCUGAUGCAGCAACCCUCAUUUUCUUCAUUUCCAGAGAAUCACCGAAAGGUUCUCGAAAGCAUCAUGAUGAGAACUGGAUCAGGGUCCAUUGGCAGUAGCCUGCAUAAGAAGAAGUCAAAUAUAGAUAUUUGGUCUCAAGACGAACUUGAUUUUCUAUGGAUCGGUGUUAGAAGAUACGGGCGCGGAAAUUGGGACGAUAUGCUACGAGAUCAUAGGCUGAGAUUCUCGAGAUUGAAAACCGCCGAAGAUUUAUCGAUAAGAUGGGAUGAGGAGCAACUCAAGCUGUUGGAUGGUGGUACUAUUGUUAAACCUGCUGGGCCUUCAAAACAAACCUCCAAAGCUCCACCCUCGUUUUUUCCUACACCGGACGGAAUUAUGGUAAAUAGAUUUUCCGGGCCCUCUCGGUUCCAAAGUCACCUCUCGGACAUCAAAUUAGGGCUUGGUCGUGACGAUUUAGUACAGUUACAAAAGGAGCAUCUUCCUUCUGUUUUGCCCAUGUGGAAUCCAACAGUUUUGAAUUCAUCAAACAUACCCGAUAUGCGAAAAGAGGACGAAGUGCGUGUGGGACUUGUCAAUAAAGGGAAGAAUGUUGUUUCCUGUGACGAUGAAAAUCAAGGGGCAGGCAGUUCUUCGAAGAGUAAGCUUCCUCAUUGGCUUCGGGAAGUUGUUAAGGUUCAGCCAAAAUCUCCAGAACCGCAACUGCCACCAACUGUAUCGGCAAUAUCCGAAUCAAUUCGUCUAUUGUAUGGACCGGAGAAUCACAUGACUACUAUUCCACCGUUCUUAGUACCAGGCCCACCUCCUGUUGAGCCAAAGGAUCCUAGAGCGGCAAUCGUGAAGAAGAAAAGGAAGCACAAUUCGAACAUUGACAUCGCCUCUCAAAGUCUAAAUGCUGUAGAAGAAGAGCAAGGAGAAAGAAGAAGAAGCCCGUCUGAGGCUAAAGAUGAAUCUGGGGAACAGGCGGCGGUUGAAGAGGAGAGGAGGCAGUCCCCGGUGGAACUGAACCGCGCAGAGAGGCAGUCGUCGGAGAUAUCGUCGGAAGGGACUGUGUCCGAUGAUCGUGAUUGCGAUAGUUAGUUUGAAGUAGUUCAUAAUUUUCUUUUAUUUUUUUUUUUUGUAGAAGAUGGUUUAAACUCUUACUAAUUUCUUGGUUAUACUGUGCAGCAACAAUAUGGUUGUAAACAAAAUGUAGUUUAGUAUAAUAGAUGUGUACAGAUAACAUAAAGAUAAAACCAUUUUUGUUUCUUAAUCUGCUUC